AUGAAGCCCGUUGUAUCGGUCCUGAAUGCGUGGUCCUGCGUGGUCAUCUCCCUCUUCGCCAUCGUCAUCCUCUCAGUCCUCGGGUCGUUAUACCAGAGGGAACACCACGGCUUCACCGGCUCGGAAGAUGAGCCCGAAGACGGCGCCGCAGUUGCCGCGUCGAUUUUCACAGCGGUGAUCAUAUACGCUUGCUUCUUCGUUUUCUGUGCCUUCCAGGCGUACCUGCACAUGCGAAGCCGUCGCGACGGAGCCAUAUCGCUUAACUAG